CCCUCGGGACGUCCGCGGCGAGGGAGGGGCGGGGACUCCCGAGUCGCCCAAUGACAACGCAGAGGACGAGGACAUGCUCAGCCACAGCUCCAGCGGGGCUAACGUUACCCCGAAACGGCCGACUACGCCACACCGGAGAACGCGGAGAUGCCCGACGGGCCCCUGCUGGACCCCCUGGGAGACCCCUCGCUGCCCCCGAGCGCCGACUCGUCGCAGACCACCACAGAGGGGCCGGACUCGGCCGUCACGCCUUCAGACGUUGCUGAACUCGUGUUGGACACCAGUGAGAGUCUGUAUUCAGGGAUGCAGAUUGGAACUUUACAGGAUGAGGAAGAAGAGGGAGCCGUACCUUCAUCACACCCUGAACCCUUCUCCCAGUCCGCACUGGCUCUGAGUAGACCCCACCUCCUAGAGGGCAGAGGUCACAACAGACAGGCGUCAGACAGCAGUGUGGAUCACUUCAUACCAAAGGAGGAACCAGCGGAGACCACAGAGCAGGAGAACAAGCCAUCGAGGAUAAAGGGUCCGAUUGGCCACUAUACAGACCAAGGGGCGGAGCCUCUGGUUCACUGUGUACGACUCCUCUCUGCCUCCUUCCUGCUGACUGGACAGAAGAAUGGGCUGGUCUCUGAUAAAGAGGUCCGUGUCAGUGUGAAGGUUCUAGCAGUCAGCUGUGUUCUGGCCUUCAACUCUCUGUACCUGGAACCACUGGAUGGAGUGACACAGCAGGAGCAGCAGUAUAUCAGUGAUGUGUUGUGUCUGGUUGCUCAUGGAGACCCUCAGGUCAGAGGUGCUGCAGGGGUGUUGUGUGGCGCCGUUAUCCACUCUGCUCUCACCAAGACACGUUACAACAUACACGCCUGGAUGACCAGCGUACACACCUCUACAGGUAACCCAUUGUCCCUGGUGGAUCUAGUUCCUGUACUACAGAACACUCUAAAGGACGAGUCCUCUGUCACCUGUAAGAUGGCCUGCUCUGCAGUCAGGCAUUGCAUCAUGACUCUUUGUAGCAGCACUCUGAGUGAGUUGGGUCUGCAUCUCCUGGUUGACCUGCUGACCUUAAAGGACUGUUCCUAUUGGCUGGUCAGGACGGAACUCCUGGACACUCUGGCAGAGAUAGAUUUCCGGUUGGUGAACUUCCUGGAGAAGAGAACAGAGAGUUUACACAAAGGAGAGCAUCACUACACUGGGUUGCUAAGGUUACAGGAGAGAGUGUUGAAUGGCGUUGUGAUUCAUUUGUUCUCCCUCGAGUCGACACUAGCCGCUGCUCUGUCUCGGGCAGGACUUUCUCUGCUGGUCAGUGUGUUGUUCUAUGAGUGUGACCAGGGUCAGGCUGACCCGGUGGUGGCUAUAGCCAGAGACCAGAGCUCUGUGUAUCUACAGUUACUGAUGCAUGAGACGCUACCGCCUUCACACUUUACUGUCUCUACCAUCACCAG